ACGUUUAGUAAAAUGAUGGAUAAUAUUUUAACAUAUUACAACUCUAUCGGUAGCACGUAUAGUUCCACGAGACGCUUUCCUAAAUUUUCAGACUAUAAUUUCCAGCUUUGGUUUCAGGAAUCCUUCGACGCUGCUAAAGAUACCCCACAAUCGGACGAUGCUGCUAUCGGCGACGAGCUUCACCCUCACGAGGGUGGUUUUGAACACGAGCAAGUUGCUGACGUUGUUGAGGAGCCAAAACCAAAAACGCACGAGGAGCUGAUAGCGGAAGAGCUGCAACGACGGGAAGAAGAGUUGAAGAGGAGAGCCGACGAAGAAGUUCGGCGAAAAGAGGAGCUCAAGUUGCGAGCAGAAGAAGAGGGCAGAAGAGAAGCCGAAUUACAGAGAAGAGCUGAAGAGGAAGAGAGACGAGCACAGGCGGACAUUCUUGUCCAAGAAGAGCUGGAUCGCAGAGCGGCAGCGGAGGCCCUCACGGCGCCAGCUGACGGAACACAACCCGAGGACCCCAGGAACAAACGCCACGAAGAAAAGGAAACGCACAACAAAACUGACGACAUGAGAGCCAUCAUGUUUGAAGAGGAAAGUAAACAUGCUGAUAACCUAAGCCGUAAAGAAGAGAUUGAAAUCAAGCAUCUGGAGGACGGCCGUGCUCAUGAGGCGGCAGGGGUUAGCCUACACGAUCACGAAGCCUACCAGCACGAGGAGAUCUCCAGGCAGAGAGACGAGAUGAUCAGGAAGCUGGAAAUGGAACGAAAACAGCAAGAAGAAGAAGUUAAGCGAUUUGAAGAAGCUAGGCAACGCGAGGAGUUUGAGCGAAUCCAAAGGGAACAAGAGUACAUCAUCCAGCAGGAGAACAAGAAACGCAAUAUGGAAGACGAUCAUGAUGACGACCAUGAACAACAUUGGGGUGUAAGCGAAGAGGCCAGCAGUGCCAAAGUCUCUGCUUCAGCUUACAUCUUCUUGUGCUUUGCACCGAUCUUGCUAAGCUGCGCGACUUUGCUCGCUUAGCUUCUGAAAUUAUUGUACAAUUAGCAUAGAUAGUAGCAUUUUCAGAAAAGUACAUCAGAAAGUAUCACUUUUUGCUAAGGAUUGGCAUAAUCAGCAGUUCGGUGAACGAUCAUAACUUUUAUUAGAGUUGAAAAUGCGUUUUGGCUAACUGUUCCUUUGAUAAAAACCAAAGACAAAUUGCUUUCGUGCAUAUCAGUGUUGAAAAGUUGAUGUAAAGAUACCGGUUACAGAUCAAGUUAGUGGAGUAGAAUCAUAGGAGAGUUAAACUUUAUUUUCAGCAUGUAUUACAAAAAUUUCCCACCUAUUUGGAGCGGGAACUUCAACAAAAUAUUUACAAAUCGUUUCACAAGCGGUGGAUCAUUUCGUGUGAUAAUAGUUUUUAGGCAUUUUAUGUACGAUCUCCUAGAGAACGGGUUCUUCAUGAAGCACUGGGCCGCGUGCAGUAAGAGAUAUGAGUAAUUAUCUCGAGUAUCCAUUCCAGCUUAGAACCUGGGCAAGCUGUCAGAAAAUUGUUGCGUCCUUUUCACGCCAUGUUCUUUUCAAAGGCCAUGGAACGAAUUCAAAGAAACUUGGAAUUAGCAAAGGUAUAAAAAUCACGCAGUUUAAAGCGCCAAAAUGUUAGUUUCGUGCACGAUGUUCACCCAGUUCUGAUUUAAUGCAUAAUUUGUAUAAUAAAAUAAUGAUGUCUGGUAUUAUGGAACUCUUUAAUGAAGAUGAUCCCAUUGCCGUUACAAUUGGAAUAAAAUAUGCAUGUUAUUCGACAUAAUAUUUAUUAACAAAUUAUAUUAUUCGAUAAAUUAUUAGUAUGAAACCUUAGUUUUUGCAGGUAACAAUUUUUUUUCCCACCGCGGUCCAGAAUAGAAAUUACUUUUUUGAAAUCGUUUGAAACGAUAGGAUCUUCAUUUAUAACUUGUUCGGAACUAUUUACGAAAGGAUUACGAUUCGCGACUAAAAUAUUAGCAGUAUUCAGUAUAUGAGCGAAUUUAAAUUCAUAUUCUAUUUGUUUAUAUGACCAGUAAUCCUUCUCAAUUAUAUAUGAAUGGAACGCCUAGCAUCUUUCAGUAAGUCCGCCUAUAUAUAUCAGCCACGAAUAGAAACUGCCUUUAGUAACAGCCCA